AUGCAUAGCCGUAUUAUCUCCUUUUGCCUAGGAUUACGGGACAGCCAGUACAGUUCAAAUGAUCAAAUUGCCCUUAAAAAUCUUCAGUCUGAUGUUACAGAGAAGAAAUCUGACUUCACCGAGGAGACUCUGGCAUCGCAAAACCCAAAAAUGAUUUCCUCCGUAGUCAUUUCACAGCUGAUUGACGAGAAUAAAUCAAAGGCAAACCGGGCGGCGCUGCCCGCGCCCUGCGCGCCCGCUCUUCUCGCACGUCCCGCGAAGCCAUCUCGGGCGACCCGCAGCGGGGUCUCCAUCAGCCGGGCGUUCGCCCUCCUUCCCGGCAAGCGGGCCAUCCAGACACCUGCGCGGAAGCUGGGACCUGACCCCGAGCUGCCGUCCAAUGAGGAGAAGCCGUGCAGCGGCCCCCAAAGGGGCUUUGCGUCCAUCACCAUCACGGCCAGGCGCGUGGGCCCCCCAGCCAGCGCCCUGGCGUGGGAGGCCGUGGGGGACCCUCUGUGCACCAAGUGCACGGUCCAGGGCGCUCUGCUCGGGGACCCCUCUGCUCCGGCCGGGGGUACCUAUCCCCGCCCGCACCAUGGACCAUUCGCUUGCACGGAGUUCUCCAGAAACUGCUCUGCGGUGACGCUGAAGCUUCCCGAGACCCAUCCCCGGCCGUGCAGGGGUCACGAGUGCUGGGUCACCAAUGUGGACAACCGAGAGAACGGUUUUCCUCCAGGGGCCCCGCGGUCGGGAAAGAGGCCGCUGGUGUUCAGCUCCUGCAUCCAUCUCAGGGUGUCUCAGCAGUGUCCGAAUUCCAUUUACUAUCUAGACCGGUCCCUCUCUGUCCCCAUCGAGCAACCUCAACUUGCUGGCCCUAAAAUGCACAGGUCGGUCCUGUCGCUCCACCUAAAUUGUAGUUCACACAGAUUGACACCAGAUGGAGUUGAUGGCACAGAGAACGGAGGGCCAAUGAGCAGAGCCUUGAAGCCGGAGCUCACGGAGAGGAACCAGACCCUCCUAGGCCCCCGCUGGAACCCAGGUUUGCACAAAAGUCUCUUGAAGGAGAACCCGUUGCCGGAGCAGGUGCAUUCGCGGCCCAGCGCCUGUCCCUGGAGUGGCUCGCCUCUGUUGGAAAAUACAGGCUUCUCGGAGGUGGGAGCCAACCGGGUCACUGGAAGAAAAGGGAAAGAGGAUUGCGCAGCUCGACACGCCGCUGAUGGUGCCAACCAGCUGUCCAUUCACAUUCCUGGCUGGAGCUACACAGCAGUAGAAACAAAAGUAUUUUCUGGAAGCAGCAAGAAGCAACAAGGAGAAGCACGUGCAACCUUGUCUGCUCCCCCGGUGGCACAGAAGCUGGUUAAAGAUUUCCUUCCCGAGGGGUGUAGCUCUCUAAGCAACACCUGUCAAUCUAGCAACUUCUCUGAGCCCUCAGAGAGUCGACAGCAAAGCGUCCUGAAAUCCAGAAUCCUUUUUCCUGGGUUUUUUUGCCCCUUGCAAGAUGUACGCACCUCUCCACAGGAAGACAAUGGUGUUCAGGUAGAAAGAGAGUUCCCCAAAGGAGAUUACAAGUGCUGCGACUUGGUUGUAAAAAUAAAGGAGUGCAGGAAGAGGGAGGAGCCUGAGCCAGCACCCCCCGAGCCAGCGCCCCCCGAGCCAGCGCCCCCCGAGCGACCAGAGACCCCUGACUUGUCAGAAGACUGUUCUGAGUAUCAGCAAACACCUGCAGGUUCCUUGACCUUGCAGGAAGCGCUGGAGGUCCGUAAACCCCAGUUCAUCUCUCGCUCACAAGAACGGCUGAAGAAGCUUGAACACAUGAUCCAGCAGAGAAAAGCCCAGCGGAAGGAGAACCUAGUGCAGAAGCAGAGUCUCUUUCCUGUCCGCGCCAACAAGAAGCAGUUCACGGUUCCCCACCCUCUCAGCGAUAACUUGUUCAAACCCAAAGAAAGGUACAUUUCGGAGAAGGAGAUGCACCUGCGAUCUAAAAGAAUCUAUAAUAACUUGCCAGAAGUUAAAAGGAAAAAAGAAGAACAAAAGAAAAGAGUGAUCUUACAGAGUAACAGACUCCGUGCUGAAGUCUUCAAAAAGCAAUUACUGGACCAGCUGCUUCAAAGGAACUCGGUCUAAACACAGGCCGCCCCGCUGACCCCCUACCUGGACCCGAGAUGACUUCAAACGCUGGAUCAACCAUUAAACGUAGCAUCAUCUUCAUGAAAUGAAAA